AUGCCUGGUAUUCCUCGCAGCACGGGGUGUCAGAAAUGCAUACAGAGGAGGGUCAAGUGUGAUGAGGCAAGGCCUGCUUGCCGGGAGUGUGUGAGACGGAAUAUGACUUGCCCAGGCUACCCACAGCCAUUCCCUUUCUACAACUUGCAUGCGUGGAACAGCCAAGAAUCACACCGUGGAAAUAGAGGUGUGCGAACCUAUCGUCCAGCGGGGUCCGAUCUCGAAUCGACAGUUAUGGACACCCGAGUAAUGCCAAACCUUGCAACACAAUCCACUCGUAUGCAAGAACUGGACAUCUUUUCUCGGUGUGUCGAGGGGAAUUUUUCAACGCUACGGGCCUGCUACAGACCACUAGUGAACCUGGGCUGGGUCGAAUUCGCCCUUCAUUCGGCGCGUCCUCAUCCGGCAUUCCUCCAGUCGGCAGUACGCGCCUUGGCUGCUCUGCAUCUCGGCCAGACGGAGUACAGACUGCUUAUCAUCCAGAGUCUAGAUAUGUAUAACGAUGCAUUGGCCUCUAUGAGAAGGGCGGUAAGCUGUCUCCCAAUGUCGGAUGAAAUCCUCGCGGGAGGAAUCCUGCUUGCUCUCUAUGAGAUGAAAAACGGGCUAUCUCAAGGCUCCUGGAUUUCUCACACAAACAGCAUUGCCCAAAUAAUGCAGUUGCCCAAUGUCCCGGCCGCAACAUAUAUCCUGGGGUUUAGCCGAACGCUGUUUCUCACAUUCCGGCCAUUUCUCAUCCGGGCAUCCUUCUCUCUAGGUCAACCAUGCUUCCUGGAACGAGAUGAAUGGAUAUCAGUGGUCCGAGCCAUAAUAAGGUCUGAGCAUCCUCACGGCCACGGAAGUGUUUUCCGGGAGGCACAUGAAAAUGCGUUCAUUGAGGUUGUGAAAGUUCCUGGUCUGGCCGCCCGGACAUACUCAUUGUAUCUCACGUCGGAAGACAUGGGGCUGAUCGACGCGACGAUUCGCUGCCGAAAUCGACUAAGGGAGAUUCAAAGUGAGAUCCGAACUAUUUUGGGUGUGCUACGCGGUUCGAAACCUGACCCUGGUACCAUGAAGCGUCACCUAGGCUCUAUUCCAUUCCAAUCUGCGAAGAACCUUGUCCAGGGUGCCCUGGAUGGGAUCCAAUCCACUCUCACCCUUUUGGAAAAUCUACUACAGCACCAGUUGGCUCAUCGUCUUGCCACACAGCCAUGCACGGGUAUUGCCCCCUCCACUGGAGUUGUCAUAACGCCAACAUAUAGCACGAUCGAAGAGUUCUACAUUGAAUUGAUGGCGACCUAUGACGUGUUACCGGACGUUGGGUGGCUGGACGUCUGCGCUCUAUCUAUGGGUGUGGUGCCGGCCCGGGAUGUCCCAGUCUUCCCUUGGCAAUGUCAAGUAGUAUGUGGUGGAAAGAUUGAUCGGAUGGUGAUGAGUGGUGGCAAUGUACAGAUGGAGUAUAAUUAA